CUUAAAUUUGACAGACCAUAUCAACAUUACUUCCCUCUUAUCUUGAAUACAUCAACAUUCUUCUUGCACCAAAUCAAAUAUUGUGCUUCACCAAAGAGGUGAUUAAAUAAUAAUUUAUUGAGAUGAUAAAGGAAGUCUCUGGUGUGUGAUUGAGCACACCAUUUUCUUCAUCCUUCCCCUACAACUAGACAAACAGUGCAGGCUGAAGCGGUUAAAAGCUCUAGUGUCAUUGACUAAAUUGAUUGGCGAGCAGAUAAAAUUGCACCAAGUGAAGCAUGACCUCCCACAAAAUUGGCUGUCAUACACCGGCAGGAAGCCAGGAACCUCCCAGAAAAGAUGAGAGCGUAGUAGGAUGAUGAGCAAGAUGGAAGGCUAAAGGUAAACCCGAGACGGAGAUGGACAACUUUGAAGGGUGGCCUUAGAAGAAGGGGAGGAAAAUAUUUUACUUCAAAAUUCCUAAAUUUUAGGGAGAGCAUUUGAUUGAAAAGAUUUGAAGGAUUACCAGAAGGCUCCAAAAUCAAAUCCUGAGAUGCGCAUAAACAAAACCAAGCAGGAAAGAAAAAUAUCAAGUGAUCACUAAAUGGCCCAGAAGUAUUAACUGGCCCCGAGAUGGACGCGAAGAAUUUCGCCAGGCUGAAGAAGCAGUUGGCCAAGGAGCCAAAAAAGAAGGAGGCUGGGUCACAUAAGCCCGUUGAUGAAUUCUUCCGCAAGGAUGAGGCCGCCCAGGCCCAAAUCGCCGGGACCCCCCCCCAAAGAUGCCCCCGAAGCUGGUGCCAUCAAAACCGAGGUGGCAAAGAGGAAAGCGCCCGGCAAAGGCGUCGUUCCCGAAGGCAAGAAAGUUAAGAAGUCUGUCAGUGCGAAGGGGGAGCCGGUGGUUUUAUCCGAAGGUCAUUCCUCUUCCGGCACGCCGGUGGUGAUUGCUACUGCCAACGCUCCCUCGGGUCGGGGGGCUGAAUUGACAUGGCCUACGGAGAACGUGCAAUUCUCCAUUACGAAGGGGACCGCCAUUAUGCACGGCACCCUCAACCCGAGGGAGUUUUUAAAUGGCGCCACUCCCCCGACGGAUAAGUCGGUGCUGUCCAGGAUGAAGGACGAUGCCCUCGGCGGCAAGAUCCUACAAGCUUCCGUCACUGCUGCCCUCGGACUUGGUGAGCUCCUCAAGAGGUUGGAGGAAUCACAGGCCCAGAAGCGGCAAGCCGAUGAGGCCCUGGCAGAGUCCCGGAGGCAGCUUCGUGAGGCCCGGGAAGCCCUUCGGCUGGAACAAGAGGCCUUCAACCAAAUCCUUGAGAAUAGCAAGGUUAUUGCCAGAGCCGAGGGGAAGGCGGAUGCUGAGAGGGUGGCUGCUGAGGAGGCCAAGAAGGUUGCUGACAAGGCCGAGGAGGAAAAACGGGAGGCUAUCGGUCAGGCGAAGAAAGAUGCCGUUUCUGAAUUUGUCGCUGGGGGAUGGAAAUCCGAGGGCCACAAGCAGUGGAUAGCCUCGGUAAUCGAGGAAAGCGUCGACGGCUGGGUCGGUGGCCCCGGGGCGAUGUGGCUAGCUCAGAAGGGGAAGAGCUAUUACGAAGGCGGUGAGUACUUCACCCAAGCCAACAUCUACCGGAAGCUGGCUCGGCAUUUCAAUGUUGAUCCGAAGACGUUCAAGCCAGAAGCCUACGGCCUUCCGCCCCUUCAGCCCGAUGUGCGGAUCCCUCUGCCCGAAGGCGAGGAAAGAGAGCUGCUUGAAGAUUCUGAGCUAGCGAAGGAGGCCGAUGACGAGGAAGUUGAAGAUGACGCAGCCUCCAGGUCAAAAGGAGGCAAUCAUGAAGCUGCCCCUUAGGAAAUUCAUGUUUUCAAUCUCUUUGUAAUAGAUCAGCGCUUCAUCGGCUUCGGCCAUUUGUAAACAAACAUUUCUGCAACUCCCCAACAAUUAUCAUGAAUGUUCGCCUUCGGGUUUUGUUUUGUUAUAUGAAUGGUUGCCUUCAUUUUCGA